AUGUUUUCCGAUUUAGAAUGCGAUUACAUCAAUCCUAUCGAUCUUUGUAACAAGUUGAAUCAGUUUGUUUUACCCGAGAUGGGUCUCCAGGCUUUUGUCUUUUGUAUGUUUUUAGUGACUGGUCACUGGUUCCCCAUGCUUAUCAAUUUGCCCGUUUUGGUGAACAAUGUUAGAAAGGUCAUGAAUGGUCAGCACAUGUAUGAUGCGACUGAAAUUUUCCGUACAUUACCUAAACACAAGAAGGAGAGCUUUAUCAAACUCGGCUUUUAUGCUUUGUGCUUCUUCUACUACCUUUACCGUAUGAUUGUCGCGCUGAUCAAUUCUGAUUGA